AUCGCAAAAGAAUGGUAUGCUCAAGGCCUUGCGGAUACCCCUGGUGCAGGCAAGUUGCACCAUCAUCUCGGUUUGUUAAGUCGUGAGGUUGACAAUGAGGAACUACGCGCCAUGUAUCAUUUUGUGAAGAGUAUGACCACCCUCCACACGUUCUCAAGCUCUCGGGAGUCCAUUCUUCCCAUCUGGUCAUCAACUGCGCAAUCACAGCGAUUGCAAGCUGAUGCCUGCACACCUGAACUCUUCGUUCUUUUACAUGGAAUGCUGUUCACUAACAUCCAACUUGACGACUUCUCACCAACCCUCGCUCGCUUCCUUGAAUGCAUCGAAAUCAAGGGAGCUGAGGAACACAAGUGGAUCAUGAUGGCUGUCGUGAAUAUUGGUGCCAUGUUUGAAUAUGGUUGUCCAAGCGGUGUGUUGCGUAAGGUUGGUGGCAUAGGUGCUCGUGACAUUGGCGCAGGCGGUCCAGCUGUAAAAGUUGCCAAGAAGUAUCAAGCUAUGCCUGCAUUUCACAACGAAGACGGUGAAGAGAAACGAAUGGACAUGGAUGCCGAAGGCGCCCCACAAACAUCUCCAGUUCCAUCAGACACAAAUAUGCCUGCAGAGCUGCCGGUGUCAUUCAAGCUAGCAUUGGAACUUGCAUUUUCAAUGCUCUCAUUCAUUCUUCCAGCUCCAUGCUCAUCACUCCAUGUGAAACCGGAGAGCGACUUGAUGUCCUUGACGACAUUGUAA